GGCACAUGGUGUGAAUUUGUAAAAAGCCGCAAAUAAGCUCCGCGUGUAAAUUUUCGUAAAGUCUGUGUUUUCAUUGAAAAUCAUUGUAAAAAUGCGUGAUCGAGAUAAGCGCCGAUGCUGGCAGCAAAUAUUGACCAAGAUUGGGAUCGACGCUAUGGCGGACGACGAGUGGUCCCAAGCCUACGAACAGUAUAAAAUGAGCUGGACCAGGACCUACUGCAUUCGGCACUGCAGAAGUGCUCUUAUACCACUCCUAAAUCAUGUGCAGCAAAGACCCACCGGAUCUUCAUCGAGUUCUGCUCUGUUGCCAACUGCUGCGGAUGUGAAGCCCAUGCAUGAGACGCAUGCUUCCUUUGUUGCGGAGUGUGCUUCGCCUAGAACGCCCAAAAAUAAUCCUCAGACACCUCAAAAAAUGCAAGCUAUUGAAGCAUCCAAUGAUAUCCAAGACGGUACCAAUCAUCAAGCAUCUGAGUCGAAAAUAUUCAAGCACCAAGUUCCGAUUACUCCAAAAUCAAAUCCCUUUGAUCGGCGCUCCAAGAUUUCUUCGUUGAUCAAGCCAAAUGAAAAUGACGACGAAGAUGAAGACGAUCCAGACGAAUGUUUGCCCUUAAUAGAAUGGCAGAAGCGUUAUUCCAAUGAAAACGGAAACGUAAAAAAGAACGAUGAACCCGUAGAAGCUCCAAAAAAACGAAAAAGAGGUCGUCCGUCGCUGGCUGACAAAGCUCAAAUGAAGCAGCUUCAGGGUGCAAACCAAAGUCAAGGCUCUAUUGGGGAAACACCUAACAAAAAAGUAAAGUGGUACAAUAGUCCGUUGAGCAAAGCUUCUCGAAAAGACUUUAAAAAAAUGGCGCAACCGUUUCGAAAAGCUAUUCUAAUUCCGGCUCAGCAGCAGCAGGCUAGACCAUCGACCAGGAAGGCAUCAACAUUGAAGCAGGAACCCAAGAAAAUACAAAUUCUAGAAGAAUCAGCUUUGGAGCUUCAGUACAAGAAGCUCAGUCCGAUGCCAUCGACUAGUAGCCAGAGUGCGGCCAACCAAAGACCAGGUGAUUUCCACAGCAGUUCGCCGCUAGCCAAAAAAGGGACUCAAGAAAAUGGCUUAGUAAUGAUAAGCGGGGAGGGCUUGCCGAUGCCUGCCCACAUGCCGCCGACCGCCAUUAAUUUGAGCUAUCAGCCCAAAAACGAACAGCCUCAGGAGGGGCAGAAGCAGCAGCUGAGGGAUGAAUACGCCGACCAAAACUUGGACUUGACAAAGAAGGCUUCAGGUGGAGGGGAAAGUUUGUCGACGUCGUUGAACGACAUUCACAACGACCACAGCUAUAUUGCCACCUCUGACCUUAAGAUGGACGAAAUAUUAAUGGAAACCAACGUUUCGUCAUUGUUGACAGUUCCGGCAGGUAUAGAUCCAUGCCACUCCAUUCAAGACUUCCAUUUCUUAGACGAAAACUUGUUCAAUGAUGUGAUGUUUGAUGUAGAUCAAGGUCAUCCCGUUCCCCAGGGAGAUCUGGGAGAUAGCAACACACCUACCGAGCUUGAUCAUCAGAUGGCUGAUGUAUUAGACAUUCUUGAAAGACUGACAACUCCGCCAAGGGUAGAAGCUAAUACACAGGGGAACACAAAGGAUAUUGUGAGCUUGAACCUAGACAAGGAAGAGGAGCUCGACUAUGAACUAGACGAUGAUGUUUUGUCGGUUGCAACUUCUUGGGAGGGGUCGGAUGAAGACCUCGUCCAAAACCCCCUACAUCUUGGGAAUAAAACGAUGACAAAUGAGAACAACUCUACAAAAGGACCGACCCCACAUAAACCGUCGCAGAUGCCUAUGCCAAAGCCCUCCGUGCAAGACGAAACAAGCACUGAAACGCCGGAACGGCCGUCUACCUCGCAGAUCUCAGCACCACCUCAAAGGGGAUUGGUGAAGCAAGAUGACCAAUCCACGGCAAAUGUCAGAUCAGAGAUUAUGACGGAUAUGAAGAAAGUUGCAGGUCGCAUUCCUAAGAUCAAACCGGGUCAGCUAGAAGCGCAGCCUUCUGUCAUGCAAAUGCUAUAUGAUCACCAGGAUAAAGAGGAACAAGCUCGAAAGCAAGAGGCGAAGGCGCCAGCAGGCCCUUCGAGGAGGCCCUCUCUGCUGAUGAACCGCCAGCGAGAAGAAGCUACGGUUGCCCCAGCUGGCCCUUCGAGGAGGCCAUCUCUGCUGAUGAACCGGCAGCGAGAAGAAGCUACGGCUGCCCCAGCUGGCCCUUCGAGGAUGCCCUCUCAGCUGAUGAACCGCCAGCGAGAAGAAGCCACGGCUGCCCCUUCGAUGAGGCCUUCUCAGCUGGUGAACCGCCAGCGAGAAGAAGCCUCGGCUGCGCGGCACGGUAAGGUGGAAACCCCAGUUUUUGGUCCCCUCUACCAAAUUCCACCCACCGCACCGCAUCAAGGUUUAGCUAUGCCAAUCCAAGAGACUGCACCCAUCCUCCAACAGGUUAUUGCUCCUAACAAUUGGAUGACAGACGUUUUCGGAAUCAGGUGUAUGGCAUUUCUAGACGACUAUUGUGUAGAAUUUGGUUGCAACCAUGAGAUGAAUACCGUGGGCGAAGUGCAAAGGCGCCUCUUGCGAAUGGACGAAUCGGCCUUGGAACAAAUCUAUGUUCUGUCCACUCGCAGCAUUGUCAUCUUCAAAAACUAUUUCAAUUCGUUCGCCGAGAUUUUCCUGCGACGCAAUCUCAGGCCCCAAGUUUUGCGAAUGAUAUCGGAUUGCCGUCUGUACAAGAAUAUUGCCGGGCCCUUGAUAGCCCAUAUCUUUGGUAUGCUGAAGUCAUGUGGAAUGGAAAAGGAUAUGACGCGUGUUCUCAUGAGAGAUCUUUGGAUGCCGAGCAAGGCGGCCAAGUUCCGAGACUUGACCAUAACCAUUCUCCAUGUCCUGUCCAGAACCAACUGGGAGGAUUAUUUGGGUCAUAUUAUUCGUCUUGGAGCGGAAUUUAAUUUCAUCAUACCCAUAGAAAUAGUCAUCCAUAUUUUAGAAUCUUCUAAAACCAAAAAUCCAGAAGUAAGAGAAGCCAGUAUGAAGCUGAUGCUAAACAUACCUGCUAAGGAGCUUCAAAAUCCGCAACACGUGGAGUUUUUGAAAGCUUUCAAUGAGCAAGUCAACGUUGUAGAUGGGCGCCCAAGAACAAGUGCAGCUCCAAACACCUUUGGAACUCCCGGUCGUAACCUGUAUAUGGGUCCCGGUUCGAACAACGGUCCGAGGCCAGGGUAUAGCCAGGGUCAUGGCCAGAUGCCAGGCUACUAUAUGAAUCAAAGAACAAGUGCAGCUCCAAGCCACAGUCUAAAUUCCGGUCCUAACCGGUAUAUGGGUCCACAAGGGAACGGGUAUAGGCGGAAUUGAUUUUAGAUGACACGCUACAAUAUGAGCCCAAGAACAAGUGCAGCCGUCUAAUUCCAGGUGAAUGGGUCCUGGUUCUAACAUGAGUCCAAGUUAGGUACAGGUACCUAUAGUCAAGUUCCAGGACUCCAAGAACAAGUGCAGGCUCAAGUCGUAGUUCA